AUGAGUCGCGGUGGAUAUUCGUCGUCUCGCGGCAGUUUCAGAAACUAUGGAUAUGGCCAAAAACGCGAUUACAACAAUUAUCAUAAUGAUAACGAAGAAAAAUACGGAGAAACUGAAGAGUUUGAGCACAGAAACGCAAACCGUCAGCCACUGACAAAGCGACCAAAAACGGAAGAAUCUGGAGAAACGAAUCAAAGGUUCUCCUCUACCGGUGAAAAGUCAGCAGUUCGACAAAGGUUUGAAAAAGCAAAAACCAAGGAAUGGCGUCUGAUCAUUCGAAAUCUUCCGUUCAAAGUGAAAAAGGAAGAUCUGCAAAAUAUUUGUUCGGCCAUCGGUCCAUUCGCUGAAAUCGUACUGCCGCCAUCAAAAAAAGAUCCGAAGACAUCAGCUGGUUUCGGUUUCAUUCAAUUUGUGAAGAAGGAAGACGCGGAGAAAGGUAGAGAGUAUUUCAAUAAGAAUAAAGUUUUGGGAAGAUCAGUCGCUGCGGAUUGGGCAUUGGAUAAGGAUACAUAUGAGACGAAUGCUCACGAUGAGAAAGAACAUUUGAAGAAGAAAGUGAAGGUGGAAAAGGUGGAAGAAGACAAGAGAAAGAAUGUGAAAAAGUUCGAGGAUUCAGAUGAAGAGGAAGAGAACGAUGAUGAGGAGGAGGAAGAAGAGGAUGAUGAAGAAAAAGACGGAGAAGACUCCGAAGAUGAUUCUGAAGAUGACGAGGAAGAUGACGAGGAAGGAGACAAGAAAAAGAAGAAGAAACCGGUCGCUGAACGCAAAACCGAUCAAGCCAUCAUUGACGGAAAAGUUGUAUUCCUCCGAAAUCUUUCAUUCGAAACCAAAGUUGAGCAGAUCAAAGAGGAGCUUUCGAAAUACGGGCAAAUCGAUUUGGCAAUCAUUUGCAAGUACAAAGACAGUGGACACUCGAAGGGAACUGCUUUCGUUCACUUUUCUUCGCCGUUGGAAGCUUCCAAUUGUAUCGAAGGAAUCGAGGAUGGAGUUAUUAUUGAUAAUCGACUUGUCAAAGCUAAUCUUGCUAUUCCAAGAAAAGAAGCAGCUGAAAUGGAGAAGGAUAAGCUCACCAAGGUUCCAAAAGACAAAAGAAAUCUACGACUCGCCAGAUUCGGAUUGAUUCGUGAUGGAACAGCGGCAGCUGCUGGAAUGAGCAAAGAGGAUGCAACGAAAAGAGAAAGAAUCGCAGAGGCAAUGAGGAAGAAAUUGGAAAACACUAAUAUGUUCAUUUCGCCUGUCCGAUUGUGUAUUCACAAUCUCCCUCAAAAGAUCAACGAUGCUAAACUCAAAGAGCUUGCUCAGAAGUCCACAUCAGCUGGAUCUCUCAUCACAGAAUGUCGUGUUUGGAUGGACAAAAAAAGACUGACACCUGACGGUAAACCAAAGUCUUCUGGAUUCGGUUUCAUCGCCUUCAAGGAACAUAUGCAUGCUCUUGAAUGCCUUAAGAAGCUGAACAACAAUCCAGACACAUUUACGAAGGAUCAUCGUCCAAUUGUCGAGUUUUCAGUAGAAAACUUAUUGGCUUUGCAAGCUAGAGCUCGUAGAAACGUGAAGAACACAACCGAAAAGAUGAGUGAACGCGUUGUGAAUGAGAAGAUUCGGCAACAAGUGAAACAAUCCAUCGGUGAAGUUCACACUGCCGGUAUGAAAUUCUUGCCAAAGUUCACUGGAAAGAAGAUUCGUCAUCGAAACUUGAGUGGACGAGCCAAGAAGAAUGUGGAUCGUGUGAAGGCUGCGAAGAACUCGAAGCAACCAGAGAUGCCAGCAAGUGUUGGAAAGAAGAAGAAAGCGAUGAAGAAGAAUGUUUCCAAAUAUUUAUCCCUUUCCACUUAA